AUCCGGGGUUCGGGGGUUGGAGAUCCAGCGGACAGUCCAUCUCUGUCUGACCACGUCUGCAAAGACAAAGUUGGGCAACACUCGGCACGGAUCAUGUCAGCACUUUGUGUUUGGUUUUUAAAGUUGUUUUUGUGCUGAAAUCCGACCGUCUCCGUGCGCAAACUGACACUUUUGUUCUUAUUUCAUUAAAACCACACUGAGGACGUGGACUCGAUCAGUUUUUUACGGUGCGUGAGGACGAAGGUUCGCGGUGUGGAUACUGGUGCAGAAUGCGGAUCCGGAUCCUCUCUCUGGCCUGUGCGCUCUGCUUCGGGUUCAGCUCCGCGGCUGCAGAUGUUCUCAAAGCGGAGGCUUGGCUGCAGCAGUACGGCUACCUGCCUCCAGGUGACGUUAGAGCCCAAGCCAUCCGCUCGCCCAAGUCCAUCGCCACAGCAAUAACAGCCAUGCAGAGGUUUUACGGCUUGACCGUCACUGGCUCCAUAGAUGCCAACACAUUAGAGGCAAUGAGCCGGCCGCGGUGUGGCGUCCCAGAUAAAUUUGGACCAGAACUGAAAACAAACCUGCGGAGGAAGAGAUACGCCGUGCAGGGUCUAAAGUGGGACAAAGCCGAGGUGACGUUCAGCAUACAGAACUACACGCCCAAGGUCGGGGAACGGGCCACGUACGAAGCCAUCCGGAAAGCCUUCAAGGUUUGGGAAAGCGCUAUCCCUCUGACCUUCAGGGAAAUCCCCUACAGCCACAUCAGGGACAAGGUGGACAAGUUUGCAGACAUCAUGCUCUCCUUUGCAGAGGGCUUCCAUGGUGACAGCACACCAUUUGAUGGUGAAGGUGGCUUCCUGGCUCAUGCUUACUUCCCUGGCCAAGGCAUUGGUGGAGACACACAUUUUGACCUGGCUGAACCCUGGACCACUGGGAAUGUUGACCAGGGGGGUAAUGAUGUCUUCCUGGUAGCUGUGCAUGAGUUGGGUCACGCUCUUGGACUGGAGCACUCCAAUAAUCCAUCUGCCAUCAUGGCUCCCUUCUAUCAGUGGUUCGACACAGAAAGCUUCCAGCUUCCUGAUGAUGACCGCAGAGGCAUCCAGGCAAUCUAUGGAAGCAAGUCUGGAUCACCUCCUCCUCCCCCUCAACCCACAAAGCAGACCAACCCCUCCAGACCAGACCAUGGCCCAGACAUCUGUGAGGGACACUUUGACACCAUCGCUGUCCUUCGAGGGGAAAAGUUUGUAUUUAAGGAUAAAUGGUUGUGGCGCCUCCGCAACAACAAGGUACAGCCCGGGUACCCGAUGCCGAUCGGUCACUUCUGGAAGGGCUUGCCUUCAAACAUCAAUGCUGCCUAUGAGAGGGAUGAUGGGAAAUUUGUCUUCUUCAAGGGUGACAGGUAUUGGGUGUUCAGUGAGUCCAGCUUAGAGCAGGAUUCCCCCAAAACCCUGAAAGACCUGGGAACCGGUCUGCCCCAAGACAAGAUCGAUGCUGCUCUAUUCUACACGCCAACGGGACAGACAUACUUUUUUAGGGCUACAAAGUAUUUCCGUUUCAGCGAGCAGAUGCGCAGGGUGGACAGUGGCUACCCGAAACCCAUCAGCACGUGGAUCGGUGUACCCGACAACAUCAAAGCCGCCAUCAUGAGCGAAGACGGAUCAUACACCUACUUCUACAAAGCCAACAAAUACUGGAAGUUCAACAACCAGUACAUGAAGGUGGAGUCCGGCUAUCCCAAAUCUGUGCUCACCAACUGGAUAGGCUGUGAAGGGGAGGAGCCUAAAAAGGGGCGGGAGGAGGAAGUGAUCAUCAUUGAGGUUGACAAAUCUGAAGGUGGCGUUCCUCCGGCGGCGGUGGUGAUCCCUCUUCUCCUCUUGGUGCUGGUGGCGGCCACUCUAGGCGCCCUUUUGUUCUUCAGGAAGUACGGCACUCCUCGGCGCCUCCUCUACUGCCAGAGAUCUCUGCUGGACAAAGUGUAGACGGUGAGAACGAGGACUGACAGACUGCCACAGACGGACAGAAAGAGGAGGACAAAAAGGGCCGAGCAACGUUGGAGCGAAAGACGGAGGAAAGAAAAAAAUGAGUGAAGACAGGAAGACUUGUUCAACGUUGGGGGCUGGUUUCUACCAGAAAAGAGGGAAAAUGGCCCUCCGAACAAAAAUCAGGAAAAUGUCUGUUAACUUUUUACAUGUACUGUCACGUUUUCAGAAAAAAAAGAAAAAAAAAAAAAACUCAGACGCAGAGAAGAAACAUGCGCAGAGAAUCAUCACGGAAGAUCCACUUAUUCUCGAUUCUCACACUGCCCAAUUAAUAAAAUAAAAUAAAAAUCUGUACUUCCUCUGGACAACUCGGCAAAACUGCCGAUUCUAUCAUUUAAACUAAUGUUGAAACACGUUUCACUUUAGAUUUUCUUCAGUACUGAAUCAUUGUGACGUUCUUAGGAACAUUGUUUUAUUUGGGGUUUGAAGCAGAAAUCGUUUGAACUGAUUUUUUUUUUUUAUUCAGCAGAGAAAUAUCAUUUUCUACCAUCUGCUAAAUGCUAAUGUGAACAGAAAACACAAUAAUUACAUAUUACACCAUAUUCCUUUAGCGUGUCAAUAAAGUUUAGGGAUGGGCAACAAUGGCCGAAAAAUGAAUGAACAAAAAAAAUUAUUAAAAAUAUUGUGAAUGGAAUUACAUGUUUAACAAAGAUUAUGACCUUUUAACAGAAAAACACAACUCCUUCAUUUCAGGAUGUAAUGUACUAUUUGAUAAAA